AUGCCGAAUAUAGCAAAACCACGCACCAAGACUUUCACUGGUUGCUGGACAUGUCGCGAUCGUCGAGUGAAAUGUGACGACGAACACCCGCAUUGUCGCCGGUGUCGGCGAAGUGGUUGGGUCUGCAAGGGGUAUGGACUGCGCCUGGGAUGGGACCAAAGUGCCGGCCGCUCCCACCGGCGCCAAUUGUGGUCCCUGGCCCCAGAUGGGGGCCACGGGUUGUCGUCUAGCACUGUAUCUGCACUUUUGGCCGAACUCGACGGUUGUUCGGGGGACGACCAUCAACAAAGGGGUCCUUUCUCGGUUUUCUCGGUCUUGUCGGGUCCGCAAUCAGAGCAAAGCGCCCACUCUCGGCCUCCGCUGGAUAUACUUUCAGCGCAGGAAUCAGAAGAAACGCAUCACGGCCAGACAAAUUACAAAAAUGCAUCAUCGGGUGAAAAGGACAGCGAACUGUUUUCGCCAUCUACCAUCGCGACAUCCACUGGCGGCCCAAGCGAAGAGCUGGGGGCAACAUCUUCGGAGCUGUCAAAUCAGGCAACUGACCAGAGCAUCUCUCUUAUCAAAAAUGGGAGCAGCUAUCAAAAGACAUGCAAGAAGCUCCUGGGGAAACAAGAGAUAUUGACAUCAAAUCUUUAUACCAUCGGGAUUGAUAUCUCCCUUUGUGGCCACAUUAAUCCCAUCCGACUCCCCAGACCGGAAACAGAGCUGGUCCACCACUGGGUGGUCUUUCUCAGCGGCAAUAUGCUCCUCAUUGACACCCCGGACAAUCUAUGCCGAACAGCGUUCAUGCCUCUGGCGCUGAAAGGGUUGGAUGCCUCCCCCAAUGAAUCGAAUAUCCACCUCUCGGUCUUUCACGCCAUCUGCGCCGCUUCUGCAUUCAGUCUCUUUCAUCUUCGCCGGGAUCCCCAAUAUCAGUCCCUUGCAAUGCAUCAUGAUCAACUGGCACUGCGGCACCUACGCGAAAAUCUCCAACGGGCGCGUGGCCUAGACGAGCCCACGCUGGCAGCGGUUCUAACUUGUAUCACCGCCGAGGCAAUGUCCGGACGUCGCAGCAGGUGGAGAGCACAUGUCGCAGGAUGUCUCGGUCUUUUGGAGAAUCAGGCUCACAGUGAUUGGAUCCGGAAUCCCAUCGCCUCUAGGCUUUUGCAGAGUUAUUUAUCUCUUUCAUCACUGUGCAGUCUCCGCAUGUCCGAGCGCUUAAUGUCGCUACUUGAUGGCUCAUCGGGUUUGCGACACUACCUCGAACGAUCGCAUGGUAUCACUGCACAGCUGGUGCAGCUCCUCGCUCAAAUCACCGUCCUCGUCGAGACACCUACGCACCUUUCUAUUGCAGAGCUCGAUCGGCUCGAGCUUCAAGUUUACUUGAACUUCCCAUGCCUAUCCGAUCCAGACGCACCGGGUUCCAUGAUUGUCCAGCAUGCUCUGAACUCUUUCUACUAUGCGACAGUUGUGUACUUCCGCCGCAACCUGCGGCAUGCUUCAUUGAGCGAUGUUCAGGAUCUUAUUGAGAAGGCCAUAUGCGAGCUCGAAUCUGUUGAUAAGCUGACCCGCGAAAAAGGCGGGUGCUCCUACAAUUGGGCCAGCUUUGUCGUUGCAGCUGACUGCGAGCGACCCGACCUUCAAGAUCGUAUGUUGGCAUUUUUCGAUCGCAAAAGUCGUCAUGGGAUUCAAAACAUCAACGUGCUCUGUGAAAUUGUGCAGGUUCUCUGGAACCGAAGGACAGCGGCUGGGCCGCACGUCGAUAUAAAAUGGCAAGAACUUGCGAGGGAAGCCGACUUUGACAUAAUGUUAGUAUAG